GCUUCUGUUGUGACUCCGGCAGCCUAUCCCGAGGGUGGGGAGCUGCCGAGGAGCCAGAGCCGAGCCGUACUCCGCAGCAUCACGUGCCGGGGUGGGGGCUAUAAAAUCCGGGAGCCGGGGCGCCGGGUGGGGGACGUGAGGACCAGCCCUCUCCUGGGACCCCUUUGUUCCCGGCCCAGACUCCUACACCUUUGUGUCCCCAAAGGUUUGACCGCCCCGAGCUCCCGAGGCAGAGCCCAGAACACCAGAGGGGAGGGGUCGCGCGGCCGGCCGGACCCUCUAGCUGCCCGCCCCUCUCGACAUGUCGCGAUCCUUCUAUGUCGACUCGCUCAUCAUCAAGGACUCUGCACGGCCUGCGCCCUCGCUGCCUGAACCGCACCCCGGGCCGGAUUUCUUCAUCCCGCUGGGCAUGCCGUCCCCAUUGGUGAUGUCCGUGUCCGGGCCAGGCUGCCCGUCUCGCAAGAGCGGCGCGUUCUGCGUGUGCCCUCUCUGCGUCACUUCGCACCUGCAUUCCUCUCGGGGGCCCGUGGGCGCCGGCGGUGGGGGCGCAGGGGCCGGGGGUACCGGGGCCGGUGGUAGCGGGGCGACUGGGAGCGCCGGGGCCCUGCCUUUGCUCAAGAGCCAGUUCUCAUCGGGUCCUGGGGACGCGCAGUUUUGCCAGCGGGUGAGCCACGCGCACCAUCACCAUCACCCGCCGCAGCACCACCACCACCACCACCAACCCCAGCAGCCUGGCUCAGCCGCUGCAGCGGCAGCAGCCGCGGCUGCGGCUGCGGCCGCAGCGGCCUUGGGGCACCCGCAGCACCACGCACCUGUCUGCGCUGCCACCACCUACAACGUGGCGGACCCGCGGAGAUUCCACUGCCUCACCAUGGGAGGCUCAGACACCAGCCAGGUACCCAAUGGCAAGAGGAUGAGGACCGCGUUCACCAGCACGCAGCUCCUGGAGCUGGAGCGAGAAUUCUCUUCCAAUAUGUACCUGUCUCGACUCCGGAGGAUCGAAAUAGCCACCUACCUGAACCUGUCAGAGAAGCAGGUGAAAAUCUGGUUUCAGAACCGCCGAGUGAAGCACAAGAAGGAGGGGAAGGGUACGCAGAGGAACAGUCACGGGGGCUGCAAGUGUGUUGGCAGCCAGGCGCACUAUGCGCGCUCGGAGGACGAGGACUCCUUGUCGCCGGCCUCGGCCAACGAUGACAAGGAGAUUUCCCCCUUAUGAGGGAGGAGGGCCCCUCCCCCUCACAACACCGGCUCCU